AUGAGCAAGCCAAGGGCUCUUCUCUCUGGAGCUGGCAGCCCUGUGUGUCCUGGCCCCUACCCACCUCUAACUGCUCCUGACAUAUCACCGCAGUGGCUGCUGUCACUUCUCACCAGCAAGGGCACCCAGCAACACUGGGCCCUGAUGGUGCCCAAGAUCACCCAGCAGAUGUUCAAUGCCAAGAGCAUGAUGGCAGCCUGUGACCUCCACCACAGCUGCUCUCUGACCGUGGCCUCUGUGUUCAGGGGCUGCAUGUCCAUGAAGGAGGUGGACAAGCAAAUGCUUAACAUCCGCAACAAGAACAGCAGCUAUUUUGUUGAGUGGAUCACCAACAACGUGAAGACAGCUAUCUGUGACAUCCCACCCCGGGGGCUAAAAAUGCCUCCCCCGCUCAUUGGCAACACCAUGGGUCCUCAGGAGCUGUUACAGCAAAUCUCCGAGCAGUUUGUGGCCGUGUUUCGCAAGGCCUUCCUACACUGGUGCCAGGGCCACAGCAUGGAGGAGAUAGAUUUCCCUGAGGCUGAAAGCAACGUGAACAAUCUGGUAUCUGAAGACCGCCAGUACCAGGACACUAUGGCCCAGGAGAAGGUGGAUUUGAAGAGGGGAGGAGAAGGAGGUUGUGGCCUAGAGCGGUGUGGUACCCGGUAA